AUGACGGUACCAGUGACAGCUGUUGUGUUUUUGUUAGCAACAAUAUGCCGUGUUAACGGCUAUAGUGUGUUUGAAGGUGAAAGAUUGAAAAAUGACAAAUUGUUGCAUCACAGUGAUCAUGUGAAAGCACCAAUUUUGUUUAUACGCACAUCUGAUGUGGCUUUCCCAAAGUAUUUUGAACCAGAUGACAACAUUAUAACGGCCAUAGAGAUAAUAGACAAUAGUCAAAAUGGCGCCUCCGCGGAGGUUGAUUAUGGCGGGUGUAGUGUGAAAUGUUAUAUUGAGGCCAUACCUGAGGUGCCAUUAGAUAUCGACAAUGAAAAUAAUUUCGGCCCUAUUUUUGUUGACAAUAGACCGUUGAACGGCACUUUUCAUAGCGUGUCAAAGAAGUACGAAUGUAAAGCAACUUUUAAUCCACCCGAUUCAAAGUUAUUAUUGUACGGCACUAAAGCUUGGACGUUUCCUGUGCAAGAUGUCGAUCUCAGUUUAAAAUAUCCAAUGGUAAAUGUUCAAUCAGAUUUCCUAAUAACGAGUUUGACAGUUAUUUUACAUAUAGACGGCACGAAGAGUAAGGGAUUUAUCAAUAGAGGUGGGAUAAUGCAAGACCAUGUAGAUAUGACAUUCACUGUGAGCAGAACAUCACGCUUGGCUUAUCAGUUUUGGCUGGUCGGGGUACACAAAAGUAACAUUGAUGACAAUAUGCCCUCAUCACUCAGCGAGUUUUGUAAAUAG